AUAAACGACACCACACACAAGAUAAAAAAAAAAAAAAAAACGUAAACAAAUCCAAGCCAUAUUCGCAUAAUCGCAUCUCCUUGUAGAUCUGCAAACUCUCCUCCGGUUCCUCCAUCAAUCUCAAUCCUCUCCAUUCCCGAGCUUGAUAACCGUCGUCGCAGAUUGUGAAUUGAAUGGAAGGAACUGGAGGCAGCAGUGCCUCUGCUGCUGCACCCGUGAACCAAUGGUGGCUGGAAUUUUCAAAGAUGUUCCAGUAUUAUCUCGAUAAAUCUACCCCGCACACUACGUAUAGAUGGAUUGGGACCGUGGUUAUCGCCUCGAUCUAUGUUUUGAGGGUUUUUUAUGUCCAGGGAUUUUACAUUGUGUCUUAUGGAUUGGGAAUCUACCUGCUCAACCUCUUGAUUGGGUUUCUUUCACCUUUGGUUGAUCCUGAGGUCGAGCAUUCUGAUGGCCCUUUGCUGCCUACUAAAGGCUCCGACGAGUUCAAACCCUUCAUUCGCCGCCUUCCUGAGUUUAAGUUCUGGUAUUCUUUCACAAAGGCUUUCUGCAUAGCUUUUGUGAUGACUUUCUUUUCUGUAUUUGAUGUUCCUGUCUUCUGGCCAAUAUUGCUCUGUUACUGGAUCGUUCUGUUUGUCCUAACAAUGAGGCGCCAAAUUGCACACAUGAUCAAAUACAAAUAUAUUCCAUUGAACCUUGGAAAGCAGAAGUACGGUGGCAAGAAAUCUUCUGCAAGUAGCAGCGGCUCUCGUGCAGACUAAAGCUUGGCUGUGUCGUGAUUUAAAGAAUACUGAUCUCAAAGUUAGGUUUUGUGGGCAUUAUUCAGGGGUAGUUGAUUUUUCUCCUUUAGAAGGAAUUUGUAGUCAUAUUAUGGAUGCCAAUAUGGUAAUUACAGAAAAUCUUUGGUGUGUCCAAUCGUUUUAUGAUACCAGAAGAUGUGGUAAUGCUGGCAGUGAACUUCAUUGUUGAUAUACAUCAGUAUUCGGUUCCCUUUAGAUUUUAUCACUAGUCUAGUAUUGUAUUGCGAUGCUGCAAUCUUUCCCUGUACUACCAUAAUUUCAAGACAAACUUCAUACGGAAACUAUUUGAUUUUUCUCCA